AUCUGCCCUCCUCCAACUCGGACCAGCAGUCAACUCAGCAGAACCUACAGCUCCUGUGAUUCUCUGCUUUGGUUCACUUCUGAAGACUUGGAACUGUACAGGGCUCAAUCUUUUUUUUUCCUGAGAACAAAGGAUUUUUUUUUUUAAAUAUCUUUUCCACUGUAGCAUGGAGACCACCACGGGGGAAUAUGUUGAUAACUAUGAAUACUAUUAUGACGACAAUGAGACUGCCUGUGACUUCUCAGAGUGGGAGCCCUCUUACUCCCUCAUCCCGGUCCUCUACAUGCUCAUCUUCAUCCUGGGCCUGUCAGGUAACGGUGUGGUCAUCUUCACCGUCUGGAGAUCCAAAUCGAAACGUCGGGCUGCAGAUGUCUACAUCGGGAACUUGGCCAUUGCUGACCUCACCUUUGUUAUAACACUGCCUCUCUGGGCCGUAUACACAGCGCUGGGCUACCACUGGCCAUUCGGUGUGGCUCUGUGCAAGAUCAGCAGCUACGUUGUUCUGGUCAACAUGUACGCCAGUGUUUUCUGCCUCACCUGCCUGAGCUUUGACCGCUACCUGGCCAUCGUGCACUCUCUGUCCAGCAGCAGGCUGCGCUCCCGGGGCACCAUGCUGGCGUCCUUGGGGGCUAUUUGGGUCCUGUCCGGCCUGCUGGCUGUGCCCACGCUGCUCUUCCGCACCACUAUGAACGACCAAAACAGCAACCGGACCACAUGCGCCAUGGACUUCAGCCUGGUCACCAUGAACCAGAAGCACGAUUACCUCUGGAUCACUGGGCUCAGCCUGUCCUCCUCCGCCUUGGGUUUUCUCCUGCCUUUCUUGGCCAUGACCAUCUUCUACUGCUUCAUCGGCUGCACCGUCACACGCCACUUCAAUAACGUGCGCAAGGAGGACCAGAAGAAGAAGCGCCUGCUGAAGAUCAUCACCACACUUGUGGUGGUGUUUGCCUUCUGCUGGACUCCCUUCCACGUGCUAAAGAGCAUGGAUGCCCUCUCUUACCUGAACCUGGCCCCGAACUCCUGCGGCUUCCUGCGCUUCCUGCUUCUGGCUCACCCCUACGCUACCUGCCUGGCCUACGUCAACAGCUGCCUCAACCCGUUCUUGUACGCCUUCUUCGACCUGCGCUUUCGUUCCCAGUGCCUGUGCCUGCUCAACCUGAAGAAGGCUAUGCAUGGCCAGAUGAGCUCAAUGUCCUCCACGCUCAGCGCCCAGACUCAGAAGUCAGAGAUUCAGUCACUGGCCACCAAGGUGUAGAGGAUAAAAGGAAAGGUGGAGCGUGGCUGCGGGCCGGUCCCAGCUCCAACCACUGGAACACUUGUAAAAAAAAAAAACUGAGAUGAUGAACUUUCACUGCUCACAGUCAUGAAAUCCAUAAUUUGUUCUUCUUAUUCUACAGCGAAAGAUGUGGAUGCUCUGUUUGUUGUGUGGAUCUGCUCCAGCUGGCUGAGCUCCUUAGCUGCUUUUUUGUCCCUCAAAUUCUCAGAGAAAAAAAUAAGUAUUUUUUGUUUUGUCCUGCUCUGCAAAAGUCCUCAUUUCUAUCAUGGAAAGAGGGCAAAACUAUGAUUUUAGAAACUCACACUGAUGUUGGGAAUUGUAAAUCAAUUUACACAGGAAUCUGUUUACACUGGAUGAAACGUAAAGCUGUACAGUAUUUUCAUACCAUAGCAUUGUUUUUCUUGUUCAGAUAUAUUGCUGUUUUGUUUUAGAAGCACUUGUUAGAAAGAUAUGUGAGCAGGGAAAUCAAAUAAAGCAGUGUCCUCUUUAAAGCUUGUUAUUUUUGAAGGUAGAAGUCUGCAGAAGGGGGGGGGGGGCGUAAGAGGAGAAAAGGUGUUGCAGCUUAAUUAUAUAGUUUGUCGAGAGGAGACGGGGGCAGACAGGCAGAUGGCAGUUGACAAAUGUUGUUGGGAACAGGAACGGGGUGGGGUGGAGGGAUAUCGCAGUGUAGUCACAGCACUAAAAGAGGACAAAGGAACUCUGUAAAUAAAUGUUCCAAUUUGAUGUAUAUGUUUUAUUUUUCGACAUCACUGUAACUAACUACUGUAUUAAAGAUGUGUUCUAUGAACCAGAUUUACUAGAUUUAUUGAGAGAGA